GGAAUUAGACAAGUAAAAAGCGUGUGUGCUUGCGUGUGUUAUGCCGAAAGUACUGCAUUUAAACGGAUCCCGUGGGAAUUAGACAAGUAAAAAAUUGUGAGCAAGAAAGAGAAAACCCUUCGUAUACAUGGAGUUACGCGGAUUCCUGUUUCUCUUGAAGUCCAUGGUGCUUCUGAAAGGGUUGUGUCAGUGCUUCAAUAUCGAUGUGAAAAGGCCCCUUAUUUUCACUGGACCCAAAGACGCCUUGUUUGGCUUCUCAGUACUGCAACAUGAGGUCGAAGGGGAGAAAUUGAUGCUGGUUGGAGCUCCCUGGGACGGGCCUCCCAGUAACAGGAAAGGAGACAUCUACAAGUGCACUGUGGGAAAGGAGGCUGAGUCCAACUGCACCAGUGUAAACCUGGGAGAAACUGCCCUUCAGAACGUUUCCCGGCAGCUGAAGAACUCCCAUCUGGGGAUGACCCUGAGCCCGGACACACCCGACGGCUUUCUGGCAUGUGCCCCACUGUGGUCACAGGAGUGUGGGACCUCAGUGUUCAGCACGGGCAUCUGCACCUCCGUCAGUGACAACUUUGAGCCUCGAGAGACCAUUGCACCGACAGCGCAAAGGUGCUCUACCUUCAUGGACAUAGUGAUUGUGCUGGAUGGUUCUAACAGUAUCUACCCUUGGUAUGAGGUGCAAAACUUCCUCAGCAACAUCCUCAGCAAGUUCCACAUCAGUCCUGAGCAAAUGCAGGUGGGGGUACUACAGUAUGGAGAGGUGUCAGUGCAUGAGUGGUCUCUGAGGGACUAUCAGACAACAGAGGAAGUGGUCGAAGCUGCCAAGAACAUCAGCCGACAGGAGGGGCGAGAGACACGCACAGCAUAUGCCAUCCACAUGGGCUGCACAGAGGCGUUCAGUCCUGAGAGGGGUGCGAGGGAGGGGGCCACCAAGGUCAUGAUCGUGGUGACGGACGGAGAGUCACAUGACGGGGAGGAGCUUCCGGACGCGCUAGCUGAGUGCGAGAAACGCAACAUCACCCGAUAUGCCAUCGCUGUUCUGGGUCACUACAUCCGGAGGCAGCAGGAUCCAGAGACCUUCAUCAACGAGAUCAAGUACAUUGCCAGCGACCCAGACGAGAAGUACUUUUUCAAUGUGACCGAUGAGGCGGCACUCAACGACAUUGUGGAUGCGCUAGGGGACCGGAUCUUCACCCUGGAGGGGACGCUGGGCUACAAUCAGAGCUCCUUCGAGAUGGAGAUGUCACAGAUUGGGUUUUCUACACAUGUUUUGGAUGAUGGUAUCCUGUUUGGGAUGGUGGGGGCGUAUGACUGGGAAGGAGGGGUGCUGAAGGAGAGCAGCCAGGGGCGCAUUAUGCCCCCACGAGAGGCUUUUGAGAAGGAAUUCCCCCUGGAGCUAAAGAAUCAUGCUGCUUACCUAGGUUACACGGUGUCCUCAGUAGUAGUACGGAAUGGGAAGAGGCUUUAUAUCGCUGGAGCGCCAAGGUUCAAACACAAGGGCAAAGUGAUCCUGUUUGACCUCAAAUCCAAUGGAGACGUUACCAUCUCACAGGCUCUGAACGGGGAGCAGAUUGGCUCCUAUUUCGGUAGUGAGGUGUGUGGCGUGGACGUGGACCAAGACGGGAUCACUGACGUUCUGCUGGUGGCCGCGCCCAUGUUCCUCGGGGCUGGCAACAAGGAGGCUGGGAGGGUCUACAUGUACACUUUGAACAAGGUGCUCUUCACUGCUAACGGAACCCUGCAGUCACAGCGAAAGGCCCAGGAUGCUAGGUUUGGCUACGCCAUGGCAGCCACUCCAGACCUCAACCACGACGGAUACGCCGACCUGCUGGUGGGUGCGCCACUGGAGGACGGUCACCGGGGGGCACUGUAUGUCUACCACGGAGAGGGGACCAACAUCAUCCCUCAGUUCAAACAGCGUAUCUCAGGACAGGCUCUGUCCCCUGGCCUGCAGUAUUUCGGGCGCAGUGUGAGUGCCCGGCUGGACCUGGAUGGGGACAAGCUGCUGGACCUGGCUGUGGGGGCACACGGCAAUGCAGUGCUGCUCAGCUCUCGCAGUAUUGUCCAGAUUAACGUCAGCCUGAGUUUCCAGCCCCAUUCCAUCAAUGUGAUCCAUAAGAACUGUCAGAGAGGGACACGGGACUCCGCCUGCCUCAAUGCCACUGCCUGCUUCCUGGCCUUCUCCCGUUCCCCGGGCGCCCAUGGGACUGAAUUCGAGCUGCAGGUGGGGGCCAUGCUGGACGACAGGAAGCUGUCGGCGCGGGCGCUCUUCGACAACAACUCCCAGCGGCAGACGCUGGUCGGGGCACGAGUGCGGGUCGGGGAGCUGGUCUGCCUCGCUCUGCCCUUCCAUGUGUUUGACACAGCAGACUACAUCAGGCCCAUUGGCUUCUCACUCCGCUUCAAGAUCAAUGAUACAGAGAGCGGGCCUGUGCUGGAUGAGGGAUGGCCCACCACCAUCAAGAAGUUUAUCCCUUUCUUUAAGGACUGUGGUGAGGAUGACGUGUGUGUGACCGACCUUGUGCUUCAGGCACGCAUGGACGUCUCUGGGACAAGACAGGAUCCCUACGUGAUCCGCAGCCCUCGCCGGCGUUUGGCAGUGGAGGUGCAGCUGCAGAACCGCCUGGAGAACGCCUACAACACCAGCCUGACCCUGCAGUACUCCCGCAACCUGCACUUCUCCAGCCUCAGCAUCCGGGAAGACUCCCAGUUUAAGAUCGAGUGUACUGCCCUCGGUGCCAACAGCCACUCCUGUAACGUCAGUUACCCUGUCUUCCGCUCCCAAUCCAAGGUGAACUUCAUGCUGGAGUUUGAGUUCAGUUGCACCUCCCUUCAUAACAAGGUUCAGAUGAAGCUCACAGCUGCCAGUGACAGCGUGGAGAGGGAGGAGACGUUACAGGACAACACCGUUCAGCUGCACAGUGCCGUACAGUACGAGCCUGAUCUGUUCAUCACCAGUGACUCCAAUUUGAACCGGUAUGAGGUCCACCCGACCCGCACGGCGUCUGAAGGAACCGGGCCUGAGUUCCACACCAACUUCAGGCUGCAGAACCUGGGCUGCUACUCGGUUACCAACCUGGAGCUGAGGAUCCACCUGCCUGCUGUGGCAUCCGGAGACAGAGUCUUCAUGCUAGUCGCCGAUGCCAGCUCACACAACGCAUCAGGAGUGAACUGCAGUGUGCAGAGUGACCUGCCCCAGCUGAAGGACAGGCAGAGGGAUGUGCGUCCACUUCACCCCGAGGACAUGCAGCAGAUGGAUCAGCUGAACUGCAGCAGGGCAUGGUGCGUGGAGGUGCUGUGUCACAUUCAGCAGCUGCACCGGGGAGAGGCAGCCCUGAUACGCAUUACUCGGAGGGUCCAGGACAACUUCUUCAGACAGGCCAAGUUCAGAGCAGUUAGGAUUGUGAGCACCUACAGUCUUGGCGUGCAGGAGUCCAGCCUGAUCACACUAGGCAACAGCGCCAUCUGGAGGGAGACGGUGUUGGAGGUGCUGAAGGGCCGCUCCAUCCCCAUCUCUCUGUGGAUCCUCAUUGGCAGCAUCAUCGGGGGGCUGCUGUUGCUUGCACUCAUCAUCUUCAUUCUGUGGAAGCUGGGGUUCUUCACAAGAAAACAGAGGAAGGAGGAAGAUGAGCACGCAGAGGACUGAAACAGUAUCCAUGGUGACCGGUGUCUCCUACCCACCCCACACCUACAGCCUGCACAUGCCCC